AUGGUAAAACGACAUAAGCACCAACAUCAGCGCCUGCCGUCGGAUGCAUCACCACUGCAAGAAGGUAUACUACGACUGGGUACUCCCCAUAGCAAUCUAUCUCGCAACCUUUCAUAUCAAUCAUUAGAUAGUUAUCGACUACAUUCACCUACAUCAGAUCACAAUGACAUACAACUGAGGUCACGAGCUCCAUCACCACCACCUUUAUUGCAUCAUCGUAUCAAUAGUCAAUCGUCAAGGACAGCGACAAGCCCUAUUCACUCGCAUCACAGACUUCAUCAUCCACGACCAUUAGUUCGUUCAUAUCUGACUCGUGGGUAUAUAUCGCCGUAUUCAAGAUCACCAAAUCGAUCACAGCUGAUUGAUUCAGUCGACCCUAUAGAUGCAACAGAUCAAAAUUUUCAUCUUAUAAAUGCAAUACUCGCUCAUUCUAGACCAGCAAGCCCUGUGUCAACUACUGCUCAGACUUUUACCACAGAAUCGCAACGAGGUGAACCAGCAUUGAAUAGAGCAAUAACGGCCUACACCACUGCCAAUGCCUCGAAACCACGUGCAAAUAAUAUCUUAAAUUUAUCACAACGAGUAUUGACUUGGUUGUAUUCUAUUUCCUUAAUUAUUAUCAUCAUUGUCAUGUUGGCUUUUAUUGCCGUUACACCCAUUGAUGUUAUUGUCCAAACGUUGAGAGCAACCAAUGCUAUUGCAGUCAAGACAUUUCUUGUCAUUAUAGUCUGUGUGGCGUUUUUAUUCUUCUCAUUGAUUAUGUACUUGGGAAGAGUAUACUCGUUCCGAGUGGCCAUGAAUGAUGUUUCAUCUAAAUCAUUGUAUAUCCCAUUUGAAGGUGACUAUCCCAAUGAUGUUUUUCACUACAUUGAUCUGAAAUUGAAAUAUAGUGUUGAUGUUGGUAGAAAGGCUGGUCCUUUACAUCAAGAUUAUCCUAUAAAUCAUCCGGGUUUAUCACCACCAGAAUAUAUUCAAAAUCGUAAUCCAGGAAUGGAGGGGAAACUUUUACCACCCAAUAUAUCUUAUGAAGAUGUGUUACAAAGUUUAAGCGAUAAAUUUCAAAUUGGGAAAGUCUUUACUGUUGAAGAUUUGCCUGUUAAUUUAUCAGUCAAGGAGAUGUUAUUGUCGAUUUAUAAACAAAUAUUGGAGGUGGAAGAACCGAGUCAUUUGUCCAAAAAUAUGCCAGACAUUCCCGGAUUGAUUGCAACUUAUGAAAAAUGUCGUUUUGGAGGAGGAUUAAUUGAUGAAAAAGAUUUAUUUACAUUGAUGGUGGAGAUUGACAAGUAUGGACAAUUAUGUCAAAAUGAUUUCCAACUGAAGUUGCCUCGAAAGAGAAGAAUGGUUAGGUCAAGUCAAUCAUCAAAUACUUAUGAUGCAGGUGAGGGUGGUUAUCUUUCCAGUAGUGAUUUUCGUUAUUUCAGUAGUGCAAUAUUUGAUGACCUGAAUGAACCAAAUUAUGCUGCUCAAUAUGAUCAAUAUGGUUAUGAUUAUGAUGAGUAUGACGACGAGGGAGAAUCAUCGACAACUGGUGAUGAAGACCAUUCAAAGAAAGUAAAUGAAGCUACGAAUUUGAAACCAUUUGCGUUUAAACCUCAUUACAAUGCCCCAAAAAAUGGACAAGAGCAAAAUGAACGUCAACAACAAUUGUCACAAGAUGACCAGGAUCGUGAACUGAAAGAUGAAAAAGAACAACUUUAUCGUCCAUUGAGAAGACAAUCAAGUGUUAGCUCUUCCAAAUCAGUGAUUCGUAACAAAUUAGCGUUGAACCAUAAUGCAAGUAGGCAUACAUUACUGAAUUUGACCUAUGAUGGAGGGGAUGGAUUGGGAGAUACACAUUCAUUAUUUAGACAUCGUAGUGGAUACGUUACUGAUUCGGAAAAUGAGGAUGAUUAUGAUCAUGGUAGUGGCGGGAGAAUUUCGCAUAUUCCAAUUCCUCGAAUACGUGUACAUGGAAGAGAUGAAGAGGAGGAUGUUGACAACGACGAAGACGUAAGAGGAGAGGAAGAAGGAGGAUACGAUGAUGGUGAUGAUGGUGAUGAUGAUGAUGAUGGAGAGAGCUUCUAUCGGUUCAGAAGACGGGAACAUUCAUCAAUCAAAACCAAUCACUCCUGA